CCCGAUGACGUCCGCCGCGCAGGCGCACAGUCGGCCGAGGUUCAAAAUAGCAGAAAGCCAUGAAGAGUCUAAAAACGGCGGGAGUUGUGUUUCGGUCUUUGGCAAAGUAACUUCGAAAAUUAUUUGAACUUAUAAAACGAGGAGGGGUGCAGACGCAAGUGCCUAAAUUCCCGAAGUGUUUUUUUAAAAAUCGGCAAACUUCUUUUCGAAAGUGAAAAUUGUGUGUUGGAGUGCUUUUGAGUGAAAAUGGCUCAACUCAUCAGCGUGAAGCUCUCGCGGUACGACAACUCGCCAUGGGGAUUUCGCCUGCAAGGAGGAAAGGAUUUUGGCACACCACUAAUCAUUCAAAAGGUUAACGGCGGCUCCCCCGCGGAGAAGGCCGGACUGCAGGCCGGCGACGCGGUGCUGCGCAUCAACAACAUCGACGCCACCGCCCUGCGGCACAAGGACGCCCAGGACUGCAUCGUGCGCGCGGGCAACAACUACGAGCUCGCCAUCCAGAGGGGCGGCAUCGGCAUGAGCACGUGGAAGCCGGCCGUCGCCCCGGUCGGGCCCAGCCCGGUCAAGCCCAACGCUGGCGGCCCCGUCACCAAGACCUCCCUCGCCUACAAGGGCCCCGCGCCGCAGCCCAUCGGCACCGGCCACAACACCUCGGCCAAGCCGUUCGGCACCAUCCCGCACAUGAACGGCGGGCCGGACAAGCAGAUCGUCAACAAGCAGUUCAACAGCCCGAUCGGCAUCUACAGCGAGCAGGCCAUCGCCGAGACGCUGUCCGCCCAGGCCGAGGUGCUCACCGGGGGCGCAAUCGGGGUCAACUUCAAGAAGAACGAGAAGGAGUACAACUCCGCCAACAGUGAGGUGCUCAAGAUGGUCCAGGAGGCCGACAAGGAGCCACGCAUCCCGGAGCCAGAGCGGCCCGCCUCCACGACGUACUUCGCGACGCACAGCCACGCGGUGGGGGGCCGCGCCUGCUCCCCCGCCCCCGGCGCCGCCCCCCGGCCCCUCACACCGUCACACCUCGCCCCCGGCUCGCCCGCCCCUGGCGCCGCCCCCUCCGCCCCCUCCCCGGUCCCCAGCAGCAGCUUCGCGCCGUCCAGCCCCGACGUGAGCGGCCUGCCCGUCGCCCCCGAGACGCCCAAGUGCUCCGAAUGCGAGCGCUUCAUCGUGUGAGUGAGGAGCCCUUCA